AUGCUGUAUACUCCGCUUCCGAAUGACGAAUCCGCCAACAGCGUUCCUUUGACGCACCAGCAGUCACUGAGCGACCAGGUCGACGCGGCCAACUCCCUAGCCUUAGACGCUAGCCAGAGAUCGCUGAGCCCCACGACGUACCACGAAAUGACAUCGUCCUCGCCGUCAGCCAGACGCUCCCCGGGCAUCUCCUACGCUGCGAUGGCUGCUCGAUCCCCCUCCCCGCGUAGCCCUGCCAAUAACGAACACGCUACCAUUGCCGUCGCGCCACAGCCUCCGCCUCCGUCCCCACAGGACGAUAUGGAGAGCUUCCCGCCCCUCGCCCCGCCGGCGAGCCAGACCAACCAGGGCGCCGGUUGGACGCUUGUUACGAAUAAGAAGAAGGUUGCCGCCUGGAAAGGCAAGGGACGCGAAACGGCAGCCCGUCGUCGAAGGGCCUCCCUCUCUGACGACGAACCCACCGUCAACCUGUCACCGGAGAUAGAACUGGGCGUCGAACCCCGUAAGCGACGCCGUGUUGCGGACGACACUGGAUCCGAUGCCGAUCCUAUGCCCACCCUCCGUAAACAGAACCCGCUGCCAAAGCGUUCCUCUCCUCCGACAUCUACGACGCGCCGCCCACCUCGCCAGUCCUCACCGACUGACUUCAUCCUCCACGGGAAGCCGGUCUGGACCAAGGGCCCUCCCUCGUCUAAACCCGCUAAGGCCCCGGUCACGAAUGACAAUAUCGACAUUGACUUCGCAAUGGCGUCGGACUCUGACCCGAUAGAGCCGCUACUCUUCCCAGCCAGUGGCCUAUCCACCUCUGCGUCUCCAGCCCCGUCCUACCGCCAGGCUGGACCAUCGCGGAUCCCUCGCAUCACUGCCGCGAAGUACACGUCUCGCAUGGCCCACGUUCCUACUGCUAGAACCACGUCUUUGUUCCCUCUUCCUCCCUCGUCCCUUCCACCGGGAACUCCACGCACACCGGCUAAAGCCAGUAGGCCUCAUCGUCGGUCUCCCUCUCCGUCAGCGCCAUCUCGUAACAGACGCAGACCCAAAGCACGUGACACAUCUAGCAGCACGGACGACGCAUCCUCCUCGCCCCUGUACCAGCCCCGCUCUCCUCCCGAGAUCGAGAUGGCGGACGCGUCCCAGCCGGUCGGCCCAUCUCACCCUACACGGAACGGCAUGCGUCACGAACAAGGACGCCGCUCGACUGCUGCCGCUGGCGCACCGCCUCAACGACCAGCCACCCGUCGCCCCGACACGCCGCCUCUGCCCUUCGACGUCGACACCCUCGACGCUGACAUCAUCAUACCAGCCGUAGACUCGUGGCAUGAAGUACAAGGCGACGCAGCUGACUGGAAGAAGGAAGGUAUGGCCCCGGUGCAGAGGAAGACGUGGGACGAGCUCGACCUCGCCGGACCUUCCCUCGCGAUGAUGAUCCCGAAUCACGGAACUGAAGAGCCGGGAGGCCAUCUUCGUAUCGAGCUGAUGACGCAGGUCUUCCAUAACCACCUUCACGUCCCUGGUGUCUCUAUCCUCUCCGGGUACUCUCUGACCGGCUUUCACGGCAUGAAUGAGGCGCCGUACUGGUAUCUCGGCCAGGGCAUCCCUAUCCACGUCAUCGCCGCCUUGGUAAACCUGGGUUGGCUGAACUUGUCUAACAUCACCCUUCACUUCGCCUUCUGGCGCGACCACAACCCCCACCUGUGCGCGAUGUUUCGACAGGUCUUUCGCUUCGGAGCUCAGUCGAAGGAGGAAUACAAUGAACUCGUACGCCGCGAACUCCUGGACUCCGAUCUCUACGACAUCCUCUUUGACGUGCUUACUCGUGAUAUUGAUAACGAUGGCAUGUGGAGCGGCCCCUCCCGGCUCGAAGCCAUCACCGAGAUCCUCGACUCGGUCGAGGUCGAGAUCGUCACGUGCAAGGUAGGCCAGACGUACGAGCAGGUAGCAGUCAUCUAUGUCAAGCCCCCCACUGCCGACAGACGUGACUGGCGCGCCUUCGCCAACCGGAUUCAGAAGCACCUCUUCGGCUCUGAUGCGGGCGGCCACCCCGAACCAUUCCUCGAGAAGCUACGCUGCAGCUACUGCCACUCCCUGGGCCACAACGCUGUACACUGCCACGUUCGCGACACGCCUGGGUGGCAUGCCUCUCCGCUGCGCCUACCCUACCAAGUGGCCCCCCUGCCAAAUCAGAUGAACGCUGUGGCGACUGGUGGAGGCCGUGGCCGAGGCAACGGCAGAGGCAAUGGACGCGGAGGGGGACGAGGCAACGGCCGUGGCAGAGGCGGCCGUGGUCGCGGUGGUGGCUAUGCCAACUACUAA